AUGGCCGUGGUUGCAUCGCCGCUCUUCUGGUCGUAUCUCCUCGGCUGGGCACCACGGGUAAACGUGCUACCUGCUUGUUUGGUAGCACUGGCUUUGUUGGACGCCCGGGGGUACCUGGCGGAGGGGCUCGGACACGCGGUUGAUGAAAGCAAGCUUCGUUCUUGCGCACUGCGGCACCGUCGGUUUUUCUGCGCCAACGAGAUUUCCCGCCCGUACGACUAUUCCGCGGGGCGCAACCUGAACAUCAUCCAGACCCAGAGCGGCGAGGAAGACGGACCCUUGUUCGACAACGAGCGCGCUAACGGGACAACCUACUACUACCAUCCCGCCAAGGCCAAGUCCAAAUACUGCAACGUGAUCGACUUCGGGGUGGGCAUCAUCAGACCUGAUUGGCUGGAAGGCGCCACCUACCUUGGGGAGGAGGAGUGCGGCAUCUACCAGUGCCACAAGUGGGAGCAGGGCGAGAUCCCGGAAGCUCACGCCAGAUUUCUAGGCCUGCGCACCCCUGACGAAGACGUCCGCCCCUCCAAAACAGCCGUCGCGGACCUGGCUCAAGAAAAUUCCAGGAAUAUUCCCGGCCAAAUGCAGUCGUUCUUAUCUGCCGCUUCGGAAGAGGCGGGGGUGUUGGGGCGAGGGGUAUCACGCGAAGAAGGAGGGGUGUCGCUGAGGGGGGGUGACGCAGAUGCAGGGGGUUCGAGGGGGGGGGAAGGCGACCGAUUCAUCACCUACUGGAGCGAGAAGGGCACCGACCGACCCGUGAAGUGGCUGUUCUUCAACGAUGCGCUCUUCCAGGUUAUCCGGUUUGACGAAGGGGCUACCAUGCCCGACCACGCGUUCAAGAUCCCUGACUACUGCUUCGAGGAGGACCGAAACGAGUGAAAUUCCACCACGUAUAUUCCACAGCACAUACGGAAAGGCCUGCGAUGGUUGCAAUUAUGGGAUUUCUUGCCCCGGAGAAGGCGGUUCGGAUCUAGGGAGAGGAGUAAUGAAACGGUCCCGUUCCUCCAAGUCUUUUUUUUCACAGGACUCUUCAGGAGGAAGAAAGACCCUUGCAUCCGGCGGGCGUUCUUGGAUAUACACUUGGAUUGUAGAUAACAGAGGAAGACAAACAUAAAUUCCAACCUUUGUGCACCGCAGAUUGACGUUGGUGAGAGAACGGUUGUGUGAAAUCACGCGGAGCUCAAAGCAUCAGGAGUUGAAGAGUGCGUGAAGUGACUGCAGCAAAGAAUUCCGUUUUGGGCAGGAUUCAUGGAGACCUAUACAUAGUGAGUGCGAGCAAUAAUCUCCCGCGGAGUGUUCAACCAUGGGACCAAGUCCAACUAUUGAUGCCUCUGGUGAGCAAGAGGGUAUGCCCUGUCCCCUGACCAAGGGUUUCAUGAAUGAAGGUC